UUGGCUUCUAAGAGAAGAGAACCAAUCAGAACAAAGAAAGAGAGAAAAGGGAGAGCAGUUCGCAGUUUUUGUCACUGUGCGUAGGGUUGAUUGUUUAGCCCAUAUCUUGAGCUUCACUUGUUCAAAUCAGGCGUAUGAGGUGUCCAGAGAAAGAUCUCAAAACGAGGAUUCUGGAAUGGUGUGGAUCGUGACGAUUAGAGUUGUGGAAGGCUUCCAAAUCUGCGUUGGAAAGUACGAGCUCGCAGCAGGGUUUCUUCUUCUCUAGAGGACACGAACUCGUCAGGAAUCACCCUUGCUAGGGGCUGUUUUCAGUUCGUGAGUUAAGGGGGUGAGCAUACUGCUGAGCCAACUGCUGAGAGCCGACUGUUGAGCCAGCUGCUAAGAGCAGGCUGCUGCCCACCCAUUUUUACACAAGGAGUCAGCUCGCAACCUUCCUUGGCCGAGCCUUGGUCGUUGGAGUGUGAAAGUAAGUCUAAAGCUCAUUAAGACAUUCUGUAGAUAUCGGUAACCUCCACCGCAACCGAAAGAAGGAGAUUGCGAGGAAUCAUCCUUCUUCGCGCAAAAGUAAAGGACAUAUCAGGUCUUCUUCUUAAAGCCCGGAUUAUUUUGAAAUGGAUUACCAAUGAAGAGAUGCAAAUGCGAUGUCCGACAAGCAACUAGAACAACUAUUGGCCCAACAAGAUGGGCGCUUUUUCCAACAACGUGACAUCCCCGACAUUGAGGAAGAGCUCGAGGAUGAGGAUGCGGAGGAGGACGGUCCUUCGCCGGCCGAGGACGAGGGUGUCGGCACCCCGGACGCUGACACCACGACGAGGACGAGGUUGGUUCAUCCCAACCCGGUAAAAAAGGUAAAUCUAUCCUUAUGGAAAAUAAGUAUACAAAGUGGAAGGACCUGAAAAUCGAGAAGUGAUACGCAACUUGCAAUCAUUGCAAUCAAGAUAUUAGCUAAGGGAUUUCACAAGGAUACGGGGGCGCCAAACGGCAUCUUAAGGCCCGUCACCCCGUGUAGUUUGCGAAAUUAGACAAAGGCAAGGGGAAGCAAACUCAAAUAUCGAGGUUUGUAACUGGCCAACCCUUUGGUAAUUUCUCCUAUGAUGAUUCCAAACAUUUGACUGGUAUGUCACACUUAAUUGUUGAAGAAAAUUUGCCUUUUAUUUUUUUUGAAAGUCUUGCUUUAAAAGAAUAUGCUCAAGGUACUAAAAUUUUCAAUUUAGAAAUUCUAGUCGCAAAACGAUUAAAAAAGAAGUUAUAAGGCAAUGUGGUUCAAAAGGCAAAAUUACAAAUGUUUUUCGCAAACUUUGAUGGGCGUGUUAGUAUUUGUAGUAAUAUAUGGGAGGAUACUCAUCAUCAUUUAUAUUAUUUGGGUGUCAUUGCACAUUAUAUUGAUGAUUGGGAAAUGCAUAAACAUGUUCUUGCUUUUUGUAAAUUUAAUGAUCGACACACCGCUGAUAAUAUUUAUAUUCUCAUUGUGUGUAUUUUAAUUGAGUAUAAUUUGAUUAAUAAGGUGUUUGUUAUGAGUUUUGAUAAUGCCAGUAAUAAUACUGUUGUUAUAUCUAGAUUGCGUGAGUUGUGUGGUUCUUCUACUUUGAUGGGUAAGUUUUUUCAUCAGGGAUAUGCAUGUCAUAUUCUCAAUUUAUGUGUAAAAGACAAGCUAGCCGCGUUAGGAAAUGCUAUGGAGAUAGUGAAAGGGAGAAUUAUACUUAUUUGGGCUAGUAAUUCACUUAAAAUGCAAUGGCGUAAUUAUUUGAGGGAAUGACGUGUCAAAUAUUGUGCUUUUCCUAAAGAUUUGUCUAUCCGUUGUAAUAUUACUUAUAACUUAAUUGUUGUACUUAUUAGAUUUAAAGACCAUUUUCCUGCUUUUUUAAAAGAAUAUGCUAACUAUAUUAUAAACCGACUGACAUCGACGCUAUGCAAAAAAUUGUGAAUGUUUUGGUAUUUUUUAAUAAUGCAACUCAAACUUUUAGUCAUGUUUAUAAACCUACCGCAAAGCAAUUUUUUCGAGAAGCUGUUAAUCUCGCCAGUGCUUUUUGUGAAUUUUUCGAUGCCCCUUACGUUAGUUAUUUUUGUUCUUUCAUGAAAGAAAAGUUUUUAAAAUAUUAUUCACAUAUUCCGCAUAUAUAUUGUAUUGCAUUUAUUCUUGAUCCUCGUUACAGAGUUAAUGCUUUGCAACAAUGUUUAGACUACUAUUAUGCUUCUUUUUUUGGUCCAUUUCCUAUAUACGAAGAUAAGCCCAUAGAUCCUAAACAAGAAUACAACAAUGUUAGUAAUUUAUUUCAUCAAUUACUUAAUGAGUUUCAUGCACAAUAUGGUAACACACCCCCUCCCCCGACACGAAUAUCGUCAUCUAAAGGAAAAUCAUUUUUGAAAUCUACAUUUGGCAAUCUUAUGAAAAAAAUUAAAUCAACUCCCGUUGUUGAACAAAGCUCGAUCAACGAGCUUUCUACGUAUCUAACAUUUCAUGUUGACUAUGAAGAAAGGGAUGACUUUGCCUUUCUAAAGUGGUGGAAGGAUAAAGAAAGAACGUUCCCGGUUUUUAUGUAAGAUGGCUAAGCAAGUGCUAGCAAUGCCGGUAUCAACAGUUGCCGUGGAACAAGAAUUUAGUGCGGCUGGCAACGCGCUAACGGAUUAUAGAACGAGAUUGAGCGCAAACUCUCUUGAGACGCUUGUUUGCUUCCACGAUUGGUUGAAGGUCCAACGUAGAACUCAAAAAGUUAGCAUCGCCCCCACCCGCCACUAUGAAGGAAACAACAACCGACGUUGGCAGAGAUUCCGAUUGAUUAUUAUUUAUUAGAAAAUGUAUUUCAUGUUUUAAAUUUUUCUCAAUUCUCAAUUGUAGUUCAUAUUUCAGAUAAAUAUACUUAAAGUUUUUUAUAUGUAGCACUUCUUGAAUUAAUUUGUAAACAAGAUUUAAAUUAAAA